AUGCAGAUCUUUGUGAAGACCCUGACUGGCAAGACCAUCACCCUGGAGGUUGAACCCAGUGACACCAUUGAGAACGUGAAAGCCAAGAUCCAGGACAAAGAAGGCAUCCCCCCUGACCAGCAGAGGCUGAUCUUUGCUGGCAAGCAGCUGGAAGAUGGCCGCACCCUGUCUGACUACAACAUCCAGAAGGAGUCCACCCUCCAUCUUGUGCUGCGUCUGAGAG